CUAAAAUCUAUAUAUGAACAUUCACAAGAUUAUAAUCAAUCCACACACUAAUUUAGACAUUUAGUUACAUAAGUUUUAGCAACUUAAAUCAAAUUGUCUUUAAGAACGUAACAUGAGAGCUAUUCACAUUGCUAUACUAUGUUUUACGUUAACAUCAAAUGCAUUGUAUAAGAAAGGCAACGCUGCAGGAGAGUGUGGAAGGACUCCUAUACCUUCAGCCACGGCUAGCAUGACGGCUUGCUUGGCGGCAGCACGAAACGUGAGGGCUAGAGUUUCACCUCCGUGUUGCUCGAAGGUCGCGGCCUUAAUAAAGACCGCUCCUAGAUGCUUGUGUGCUGUCCUCCUCUCCCCUUUGGCUAGGCAGGCUGGUAUUAAUCCUGGUAUUGCCAUUACUAUUGCUAAGAGAUGUAGCAUCAAAAACCGACCUAUUGGAAAAAAAUGUGGACGUUAUACUGUUCCUUGAAGAUCAUAUACAGGAUAACUUUUUCUGAGAAUAUGAAAAUGUAUUACUAUAAUUAAAUAAAGCUGAAAAAUUGUAACAAUUUAUCAAAGUUAAGUCAUAUCCACUUAACAAACUUUGUAAUCAAUUAUUUAAAUUUACUAUGUCUAGAGAGUUUGUUGAAAUCCAGUGACUGGUAUAAUUUAAUUAUGUUCUCUUUCUGUUUA